GCAUUAUUAGUCCAUCGGCACUUUCAGUCACAUAAAGACGCGAAUUUUAUUUGAUUUGCAAAUUCUAAUUUUGUUUUUGGUUUUUUAGACUAAAUAAAAGUGUUAAAUUAAAUAAUGUCCAAACUUCCUCCAACAUUUAUUGCGGAUUUCCACGAUGAAAAGCUCUGCAAGCGCAUGGAAUAUCGUAAAUUCGGUCUCACCGGAUUACAGGUGUCCAAAGUGGCUUUGGGCACUGGCACUUUGAGUGAUUUCUAUGGUGAUCUUGAUGUGGAUGAAGCGAUAAAGACUAUACACUCAGCUAUCAAGUUAGGUAUUAAUUACAUCGACACGGCACCAUUUUAUGGACAAGGUCGUUCGGAGGAAGUUUUGGGUAUGGCUUUGAAAGACGUGCCCAGGGAAGCUUAUUAUAUUGCUACAAAAGUUGGACGUUAUGAAAAAACGUUUGAAAAUAUGAUUGAUUUCUCCGCUAAAAAGACUAGAGAGAGUGUGGAGAAGAGUUUGCGAUUGCUUGGCCUUGACUACGUUGACAUCAUACAGAUCCAUGACAUCGAAUUCGCUAAAGACCUUGACAUUGUGAUAAACGAAUGCCUGCCGGAAUUGGAGAAAAUCGUAAAAGAAGGAAAAGCUAAAUUUAUUGGUGUAACCGGAUAUCCGUUGUCACGCUUAAAGGAAUGCAUUGAGCGGGCGCCAAGUAAAUUUGAUUCAGUAUUGGCUUAUGCGCGUUACACCUUACUGGAUGACUCGCUCAAGUCCUAUAUGGACUUCUUUCAGCAAAAUAAUUUGGGUAUAGUGUGCGCUUCCGGUCAUGCACUUGGCCUUCUGACCAACGCUGGACCGCAGGUAUGGCAUCCAGCCGGUGAGGAAAUAAAAGAUAUAUGCCGGAAGGCUGCCAACAUUUGCAAGGAGGCUAAUGUUGAACUCGGCAAGUUGGCCAUGUACUACUUUACGCAGUUAGACGGUGCAAGCACUUUCUUAACCGGUAUGCAAACACGCAAGCUAUUGAAUAUCAAUCUGUCAGCAUACUAUAAUGGACUGACCAAAAAGGAGCAGGAAGUCUUGCAACUAUUACGCGAAACCGUUUUCACAAAGUCACUCAACUGGGAAGGAAACGAGUUGGAAACUUAUUGGGCCGCAAUGAAAGCAAAGAAACAAUAAUAAACCGUUUGAAAGUGUGUUUAUACAUCAGUGAAAUGUUUUUUUUUUUACUAAACAAAUAAAAUACGAUUGAAACAACUGCA